GAAGCUAACAUAGAAGCUUCGGUUUCCUUUCUCCACCUUCUUCCUCUCACUCUCUGCAACAACUCACCGUCGCUUCAAAUGAAACCCACUCACCUCCAUUUUCUCUCAAUUCACACAAACCUCGCUAUAGAUGCUUCGCUUCAUUUAUUUUCUACUAUCAAUUUCCCAAUUACCAACAAUUCAAUCGGCGUCCUUCUCCCGCCGGAGACUGCUCCAAAACGACACCGUUCCCUCCCGAUGCCCUCUCAACUUCGAAUUCCUCCGCCGGCUGGCUCCCGACUCCAAUCGCCCUGAUCUCGACACUCGCUCCGAGUGCCAGUACAUCCUGCAAGGCCUCCGCCUCGUCCUCGCCGACUACCUCCGCCUCACCGGCUCCUUCCGCCCCCCGCUCGACGCCGCCGAGUCGUGCUGGGACGCCUACCAGUCGCUCGUCGGCGAGUACGUCCCCGGCAUCAACUUCCGCCGCCGCUGCGGCUUCGAGACGCCGUGGAUCGCCGGCGGGUGCAUGAACAUCACCACGCGCUCGGAAUUCGAGGCCGCCGUGCCGCGAUCCGCCCUCGACGGCGUCGGAUCCGCCUGCAAUCAGUCGCUCCUCAGCAAUUCCCCCUGCGCGUCGUGCACCACCGAGCUCGCCCGGAUCCGGUCGUCGUACCUGCAGGGGGACUCGAUCGGGAACGUCUCCGAUUGCACGGCGUACCCCUUCAUAUACGCCGCGGCGUUCGCCAAUCAAUUCGGCCCCACCGAUGCUGGUACGACUAAGUGUUUGUUCAAUCUCGAUUUCACCUCAUCCGAUUCGAAUAGCAAGAGGAGGAAGGUUGUCAUCUCUGUCGUAGUCGUCGCGUGCGUUGUGAUUUUGAUUUUAGGGUUUAGUCUGCUCUUGUUCUUACGAAGUAGAAAGGAAAGACUGUUGAAGCAGAAAUUGGAAAUUAUGCGAAGUGAUACUAAUUUGAGCUCUAGAUUAGAUUCAUUUGGUGCUAGCACAACACUGAUUAGGUUCACAUUUGAUGAAAUUAAGGCGGCAACACGAAAUUUCUCUAGGGAUCAUAUAAUUGGGAGAGGAGGGUAUGGAAAUGUGUACAAGGGCGUGUUGCCUGAUCAUUCCGAAGUUGCAGUGAAGAGGUUCAAGAACUGUUCUGCAGCAGGGGAUGCUAGUUUCACUCAUGAAGUUGAGGUGAUUGCGAGUGUCAGACAUGUAAACUUGGUUGCGUUGAGAGGAUAUUGCACAGCCACGACGUCUCUGGAGGGUCAUCAGAGGAUAAUUGUGUGUGAUCUGAUGAGGAAUGGGAGCGUUCAUGAUCAUUUGUUCGGUAAAGUGGAUAAGAAGUUGAGUUGGCCUAUGCGCCAGAGGAUUGCCCUUGGGACGGCUAGGGGGCUCGCCUAUCUACACUAUGGUGCACAGCCCUCGAUUAUUCAUAGGGAUAUUAAGGCGAGUAACAUUCUCCUGGACGACAAGUUUGAGCCUAAGGUGGCGGAUUUUGGAUUGGCGAAGUUCAGACCAGAAGGGAUGACACACUUGAGCACUAGAGUUGCAGGGACGAUGGGAUACGUUGCGCCUGAGUACGCGUUGUAUGGACAGUUGACAGAGAGGAACGAUGUUUAUAGCUUUGGGGUGGUGCUUCUCGAGCUUUUGAGUGGGAAGAAGGCGCUCAUUGCAGUAAAUGAUGGACAUCCGACUCUGUUGGCUGAUUGGGCUUGGUCCUUGGUUAGGAAGGGGAGAGCUUUGGAUGUAGCUGAAGAGGGUAUACUGGAUUUGGGCCCUCCGGAGCUUGUGGAGAAGUAUGUGUUGGUGGCUGUUCUGUGUUCGCACCCUCAACUUCAUGCUAGGCCGACAAUGGAUCAGGUCGUGAAGAUGUUAGAUACAGACGUGCCUAUCCCUUCAAUACCGGAAAGGCCCAUUUCUCUCAUUGCGAAUCUUGAAGACAUUGAGAGGUCGGUGAGUAGCGGUGGUUCUGGUAAUCUGUCGACGCAUGCUGGUUAUCAGACUUGUACUUUUGAGCACGACCAUCCAGAGGCAGAGAAGGAAGAUGAGAACCAAAAUGGUAGAUAACUGCCUUUAAUGUGCGAGAACAGGCUCAGUUUUGGUCGAUGUAUGUUCAUGAUAUAAUUCUUUGGAACUUGAGAUGUCACAAUUAUUGUUCUUCAUAGGGAUUAUUGGACCAGUCCAGUCACUCUGUAUAGUUAUUUUCCAUUUUUUUGUAGCUCUGUUUCUGUAUGUGUUUUUGACUCAAAAUGAGGCCAGAUUCUCUCUC